AUGUCACGUAUGUUCCCCACUCACAUAAUUGGAUCUUUUCCUCCACACAGCAUUGCCCAGCAGUCAGCAUCAAAGAUACAAUAUGACACACGAUUCUCUCUCGUUCCCCUGGAGGUUCUCUACUCCAUAAUCGGUCUCCUGAGCCCACCUGAUCUUUCGCGCUUAUCUCAGACGUGCAAACAAAUCCACCAACUAGCCACCCCGUGUCUUUGGAGAAGCUACCGCAAAUACAACCAGCAGCCUUACAACUCAUUCCUGCGGACUAUACUCAUCAACCCAGACCUAGCCAACCACAUUGAAGAGCUUCGCGUGGCGGAUGUAACCCAAGAUGACCCUCGCGAAAUCUCAGAGGAAGAUAUCCAAUCGUUCCAGCCAGCAGUCUCAAAGCUCCCACUUCCUGCCGAAUUCAAAUAUCGCCUGAAAGUGGGGAUCAGAGAAGGGUACAGCGAUCCUAUGCUUGCUGUUAUACUCUGCAAACUACCCAAUUUGAAGAAUCUGUUCCUAGACCGGCCUGAGAGCUGCGACCUGAUAUGUGAGCUGUUUGACCACGCUGAUUCGUGCGAAUUUUCCGGCCUUGACAACAUCCGACGAUUCUCCAUAGAAACCGAAGACUAUGCGUUUUCCGUGGGACCUUGUCACGAGUAUGGGGGCGUUCUUAACAUGAUGCAUGAGGUGCAAAUCGUACACCUAAACGAUGAUAAUAUGAGUCCAUCUCGACUCCGAGACGGCUCAUCUGCAGUUGAGUAUCUUCACAUACUCGAGAGCGGUAUGGGAGCGGAUGCCAUGCGGGUGUUUACACAGGGCUGCAGAACGCUCCGCACGUUCAACUAUACCUUUGGGAAAGUCCGUGAUCUCGAGGAACAUUUCAGACCGCAGGAGGCCGUGAAAGAGCUUGAGCGCCAUGUAGACACGCUUGAGGAGCUCACAAUGCUGUACGAUGAUGACCAUGUGAAGCUGCCUUUGUAUGAUUUGACGGCUCGCGGAUGGUACAUGGGGACAGAGCUGCGGCAAUUUACCAAGUUGAAGAAGCUUCGGAGUGGUAUGCACAGUCUGCUUGGGCUACUGCAUCCACAGUCAGACGCGAUGGAGGCGUAUCCUACAAAUCCUCAGACUGACAAAGAAAGGCCAGAGCUGGCGGACGUGCUUCCGACGUCAAUAGAGCACUUGACUAUCUUGUACGCCGAUGCACGGGUUAUUCCUCACUUACAAAAGGUUGGGGAUGUCCGCGAGAAGCAAUUUCCCAAUCUGAAAAAGGUUAUUGUCGGAUUUUGCUCCGAGUCAACGGAGAAGGAUGUUCAAUUAGAAAUUCCAGGGCUGGAGCUGGCAGUGCUAUAUCAGACUCAGGAGGAAAGAGAGGCCUAUGCUAAUGGCCGAGAGCGCUAUUCGUGGGUUGGGUCUCCGGUCUUUAGGGACUGAUUUAUAUACACAGGAUUUCCUUACCCUUCGGCGACUACUAGAUCAAUGUUCUCCUCUGUCAAUCUGGUCAAUUCCACAUGCCUCAGUAACCGAGGAGCCUCCCAAGUUUGCAAUUCGGAAGAAUGGAACUGUGUGUCAACAAUGCUAUUCAUAUCAUGGGAUGUUGCAUUUCCCCUUGUCGGCAAGCUCAAGCAAUGACAACUGCCGGCUCGGGCUCGGUGGUGGUUGGGAAGACGCGGGACGGCUAGUUCUCCGAUAACCGGCAGAAGGCGAAAUGACAUGGAGUUGUGGUAUAAAGCUGCUUCAUAUAAUGUUAGCACACACCUCUUUAAAGCAUAACCAGUAUUCCGUACAAUGGCCCACCCACAAUGGCCCAGGGGUGGGCCACUAGCAAAUUGUC